AUGAUUUUUUUGUUGCUGUUGCAGCAUACGUUGGAUCACCCACUCUGUUACGAUAUGGUAGCAAUUCAUCCGAAAAAGGCCUUAAUUGAGCAUCGCAGCGGUCCCGUGUAUGAAAUUCUUGGUUAUCUGGAACAGCUCGGCAUGUCCGGCACCAUUGAGCAGUUCUUCACCACAGAAACUAAAAUUGAA